UUUUUUUACCAAGUGCCGAGUCUAUAUAGGAUCUAGUGACGGAAGUGGUUACGCUGGGACAAUGUUUUGGUCGCUGUUAUUGGUUGCUGUGAUAUCAGGUGUUGUGUACUACAGAUGGCAGCGGCGGAUAAUUUACAAGAUCAAAAGGGAGCUACCCGCUAGUGGUUACAUGCACCCUAUUAUUGGGCAUACUAUUCUGAUGAAGAAUUCUGAUGCUAGUAAGACGGGAGUUUGGUUUAAAACUCUAGGUAAACUGGCCAUUCUAAAUGGCGGCGUUACAUCAUGUUGGAACGUGAACAAGCUUUAUAUAAUUGUUGCGGAUCCGGACACUUCCGAAGUCAUAUUGAAGCAUUCCAUGGAGAAAGGCUACGUGACUCAAUUCAUUCGCACAGUAAUUGGGAACGGCAGCAUAUUUGCUCCAGUUGACAUAUGGCGGCCUCGGCGCAAAAUUUUAGCUCCAGUCUUUAGUAUGAAGAAUCUGAACCAAUUUGUAAAAGUGUUUAAUAAACAAAGCAUGAUAAUGGCUGACAUGAUGGAGCGGAUGGCUGGAGGCGAGGACUUCUCCGUUUGGAGAUAUUUUAACACUUACACCUUCGAUUCCGUUUGUGAGACAACUUUGGGCAUUGCCUUGAACAGUCAAAAGAACCCAGAGCACCGUUUUCUCCUCGCUUUCGACUGGUUGUCGCAAGAGGUGGCCAAGAGGAUGACGUCUCCGUGGCUGUAUCCGGACUUCGUCUACCAGCACCUGCCGAGGUACAAGGAGUUUGUCUACCACAGACAGAACAUACAUAGCUUUGUUGACGAGAUUAUACAAAGGAAACGCAAAGAGCUAGAAGCGAUUCAGCGAGGAGAAAUGGCACCAAUCAGCGAAAAGACUUUCUUAGACCUGAUGAUCGAGUCCUCCGGGCGGCUUCAGCAGAAGUACUCGGAUCUGGAGCUGCGCGAGGAGCUGAUGGUGAUCGUGAUGGCCGGCACCGACACCUCCGCCGUUGGCGCCUCCUUCGCCGCCGCCAUGCUGGCUCGCCAUCCCGAGGUUCAGAACAAACUUCACCAUGAGUUAGACAUGAUAUUUGGCGACUCGGACCGUGACUUGACCGUAGAAGAUUUACCAAAGCUUCAAUAUUUGGAGGCAGUUGUCAAAGAAACGUUACGGUUGUAUCCUCCCGUACCCGUCACGGCGAGAGAAGUCACCGAUAACGUGACAUUACCUUCUGGCAUAACCUUAGUGAAUGGACUGUCAGUGAUACUGAACAUCUGGGCGACGCACCACAAUCCCAGCUUCUGGGGAGCUGACGCGGAGCAGUUCCGGCCGGAGCGGUUCCUGGAGGGGCCGCUCAAGCACCCGCUGCAGUUCCAGCCCUUCUCGCUGCCCAUGAGGAAUUGUUUAGGAUCCAACUACGCAAUGAUGUCGAUGAAGACUAUGAUGGCCAACAUGCUCCGCCGCUACAGGAUAUUGCCUCGAGCCCACAUGGACGAGCAGAAACUCAAGGAACCCCUGAAAGUGUCAUUCGACAUCAUGAUGAGGGACAUGGAUAACUAUGGAAUAAGACUAGAGAAAAGGAAAACACGGAAUUGAAAUUAAUACGAUGGGCAGGAAAUCCUGCUAAGUAUGCCAAAAAUCGAAAAGGACUAGAAUAGGCGAGACGACUAAAAAAAAACUAAAUAGUCCGUCAGUUAGUUUAUCAAAGAAUUUUAGACACGUAUUUUUUAUUUUUUCUCGUAAACGAAAAAUGACGACGAUACAGUGCGUUGAAGUUU